AUCGUUUGUGGUUCAAGCAUCGAGUCCUGUUCCAACCAACGUGUACCAAUGCCAGGACUUUCCUGAUCUACAAGUCAAAACCCGUCUUCUGAGGCUGAGACAGAGGCACAACCACCUCACACUGCUAGAACCGACUCAUCUGAACGAUGUUUUCAGCUAGAACUAGAGCCGUGGUGAAAAGUCUGGGAGCCGAAGGCGACCUCAUCUACAAUGAGAACAUCAACGAAACCAUCAAGAUGCUGACGCUGGUCAAAGUCAAACAGAAGCGGUUCUGGCCGGUUGUGACAUACACCAUCAUUGACCAGACCCUGCUGGACCUUCUGGAGGACGAGGCCGACGUGCCCCCGGAUUACACGGAGGAUGUUUUGACGGAGAAUUUUAAAAACCACACGGGCAGAUACUCGAGUCACUGCGCAGCUGCACAAUAUACUGUAACGAGGCCGAAGCCAAAGAAGCUCAAGAAGAAAAGUGUAGAAAUGCUGAAGGUGAAGAAAUGUGAGAAGCUGAUGUUCGUCUACCAGAUUGUCUACAACAGCAGCAGUGUGGAGUUCUGUGGGAAAGUGGGACAGCACGCCUCCGUCUCCACAAACUUCAAAAGUUUCUUUAAGCUCAACGUGUUGGACACUAAGGAGGAGGAGACAACUUUCACCGUGCCACAGGAAUCUACGCUGGCUUAUGGCCUGAUGCAGAUCAGCACGGAGGACGGGACUCUGGGAAUUCCACCAAGAACCAGGAAACUGAAACAAUACAACAAAGGAUGGUGGAACUUCAGCCAGGAUGGGGAGGAGGAGGGACCCGGUCCAACUCUACCUCAGGUGAACAGAGAGAUCCAGAUGAAGGGACGUGUGCUGCAGCCGCUGGAGGAUCUUCCUGCGUCGACCCGUUCGGACUUGCUGAAAACGAUGAGCGAGCUUUUGGAGGACAGACGAGCUCUGGCUUUGCUGGAACAAACGCUGGAUCAGGAUGCCACAGAACCAUGUAAUACAAAAUGUCAGCCCGUCUCAUUGUUCAUGGACCUUCUUGAAGCGUCCGGUGCCUCCACCUCUCAGAGAGACGCAGCUCACUUGCUGAUCAGCGCCAUGAACACUCUACCAGAUGAUGUUCCUGCUCGUUUGAUCCGCUGCCAUCCUGACGUCCUGACCAUUCUCAACCAGCUGGUGGACGGUCAGAUCCAGCUGGCAGAGCUGCUGCCUCCUCCCCUGCAGGAAGAGGGGGAGCUUCGCUGGGCAGCCCAGCUCCUCUGUUGCAGCCCCCAAAUGCUGACAGAGCUGAGUGAGCAGUGGGACAGACCAGAGCUCCCAGUAGGAGUACUGCUGGAGGUGCUGGCUCUGGUUGUACGUGGACUGAGCUUGAUGCAGCCCAGCAUAGACCCGUAGAACUGUUUUGAUUCUGUUCUGUUUUAUUAAUCAGGUUUAUAAACACAGGUAGUGUUUUUUUUUUACUGGUUUCAGUUAAACUUUCCGUCGUUCUUUAGGACUUUUUCCAGAUUCCCAGCAAUAAACGUCUUGAUGUUGCAAAGCGAGUGUCUGCCACUCAAACUUUCACAUUCUAAUGCACGUUGAUACCUGCAGCUGCAAGAAGCAUGACUCAGACAGAACCAGAUGAUCCAGAUCGGGAUCAUGACACUGCAGCGCUUGAUGCUCAGAGUCAGGUCUUCCUGCGCCUGGCUUUGAUACGAACUAGGUGAAGCUGAAAAAGACCACGCCCAUAUGAUUCCUACAUUUUACUUUAUUUAUUACUAUUAAUGCAUUAUUUUUGUUGUGUUCAUCACCAGCUGCUGCUUCGUGUUUCAGGUCUGAGGAACGUGGUUAAUAGGAGUCACACAUGAAUCACAUUACACAGACUCUACAUCUCAUUUGUCUGCCCUGUUUCCUGCCUCUAUCUCUGAGUCCAGUCUGAAACGGUACUGGUUCUGCCCAGUAACGAUGAGGUUGACCCGAGCCACUGUGGGCCCUGCGGCGGGGAGGGGCUUCGUGGGGUCAGUCCAACCCCCUCGAAGGCUGCAUGAGGGUUAAACAGUGUGUACAUGUUAAAUAUGUACAAUCAUAACCCAGGUCAGCUUCAGCAGAAUGUUUAUGAAGGUCAGAAGGUGAAGCAGUUCAGAGAGGUGUGGAGCUUCAGUCUCAGUGAGACAUGCAGCGGCUGCUGGUUUGUGCACAUGCUCAGUCACAGCGACGCCUGCCAACAUGGCAUGCAGCUCAAACAGCGACUUCAGCAGGAGAAAUAAAUACUAAGAUCUGUCACAAAUGUGAUGAUUUAUGUUCCUUCAUUGACCUGCAGAUGAACACGUAAACUGAUGCAAAGUGUGAAUGAAAAUGUUGGUAUGUGGCAGAGCUUCCCUUACGGGCCUGUUCCAUUACCAAUCAUGCUGGGACACGAGGGGCCUGGCAGCUCGAGGUAACGUUGACUGUCUGGCCCCUCCUCUCUGCUUUACGCGAAACAUCAUCAGAUAUUCAGCUCCGAGACAAUGACACGGACAGAUACCAUUCUCCUGAAUGUCUGCAACACAAAAAACACAAGUGAAGCUGAUGUGUGGAUGUGUGGAAUGAAAGCAUCAGUCUAGUCCUAUAGUAUGUUAUGUUUGUAAGAGUCAUUGAAUCAUUGUUUUGUGUGACCGGUAGAGUUGAGCUCAGAAACAGCCUGGGGAAAGAAGCUGACUCUGUGUCUGCUGGUUCUGGUGGUUCUGGUGGCUAUGGCUUUGUCACACCUGCCAGAAGGGAAGCUAGUUUGUGUGCGGGGUGUGUGAGGUCAGCAGUGAUGUUUGCUGCCUGUUUGUUGAAUCUAGCCCAGUCCAGGUGCUCAAUAGAAGGAAGCUCAGUCCCAGUGAUCUUUUUCGCUGACCGGACCACUCUCAGUCUGUGUCUGUUCUGUUUGGUGGCUGAAACAAACCACACAGUGAUGACGACAGACUGGAUGAUGGCUGAGUAGAAGAUGGUCAGCAGCUCCUGGGACACGUUGAACCUCCUGAGUUGUCUCAGAAAGUGCAGAAAACUUUUUUGCUGACAGUGUCUAUGUGAGGGGACCACUUCAGGUCCUGGGAGAUUGUGGACCAUAGGAACCUGAGUCCACGAUAGACACUUUUAUUGUGGAUGCUGAGGGGGGCCAGGCGGUUCUUCCUAAAGUCCACCGCUAUUGCCACAGUCUUGAGCGUGUUCAGCUCCAGCCGGUUCUGACAAGACCACUGAACCAGCUGCUCCACCUCCCGUCUGUAUGCUGACUCAUGACCGUCCUGGAUCAGCCCACGACGGUCAUGUCGUCUGCAUACUUGAGGAGUUUAACAGAUGGUUUCCCUGAGGUGCAGAAGUGGAGCAAGUCUGGAUCUGUGAAAUAAAAGCCUAAACACAUCCUGACCUAUGACCUACUACCUCCCAGGGGCGUGGCGACAAAGUUUAUAGAAGCAUAAAUCCACAUCCUCACUUAUACCACAUACUAUGAACAGAACAGAGGCAAGGUAUCUAUUUAACAUUAGUUUGUUCAGUAUGUAAUGUGGAUCUCUACAAUAACAAAACAUGUGAGUGCUUUGUUCAGACACUGGGAUAAUGGACACACCUGACUUCUAACCCUGAGUCUGACAGACUGUUAUUUACGGUUUUCACUACGUACAACUCAGCAUCACUUUUUUGUCUCAAAAAAGUUUUUUCACUUCUGUUUCUGCUAUUUGCAUUUUUUCCAUUCUCAGGUCUGUUGUGACAGCCAUUCUCUGAAUGUUGUGUAACACUCAGCAGUGGUGUGUCUGUGAAGUGGACUUAAUGUCUCUUCAUUUCUAUCUUUGUUGUCGUGGAAAUUUCUAAUUAAAGAGGCUGAUGGGA